AUGAGCCAACCAAUCUACAAGUCAUCGUUCAUCUUUAUCUUUCUAAUUUCAUUCGCAAACUGCCGACAAGUGUGUAAAUUUGAUCCCGAAAAUCACUCCUCAGACCUGUAAGUUGUCGUUUUUGGUGUAUUUUGUCAGACCAAUAUUCUUCUGUCGGGAAAAUAAUGAGCACUCUGUCGCAUCGAAAAUCGCAUCGCCGGCGAGAAAAUGAAUUGUAUCGUGGGGAAAAUCAAAUUGCUUUUCACUUCAGCGACGCGAUCGGCGUAGCGACAUUGUGCUCAUUAUUUUCCCGACAGAAAAAAGUCCUUUUAAUGGUCUAAAAAAUUUAUGAUUUCAGGAUAGUCAGUUCGGAGAAGUGCGCCAAAACCGAAUUUCAGCUAAUGUUCCCCAAGUUUGAAGCAGUUAGAUUUAGGAUUCAAAUAUUGAAUUCGUCCUGUGUCCCCGAACGUGAUGUCAUGUAAGUUUGGGCCAUUGAAAAAGGGUCACUUUUAAGUGGCUAUAAGUUAAAACUGUUUUCGCAUUUUCAUGACUUUCAUAGAGUCCAAGAACACUGGUAAGCUUUCGCACAGUGCAUUUUGAACCUUUUCCCACGCUUGUCGCCAACGCACAGUGCAUUUUUUCUCUUUUCGCACCGUGCAAACCUCAAAAAAGCCGUUUGCACUGUGCGAAUUCCUGGCACCGUCGCAGCGACGUAAUUGACCGCGCUUUUGUCGCGGCGAUAUUUCGUUGCACAGUGCAAAAAACUAAAAAAAAGUGAAAUGCACAGUGCGAAAUGGAGGUGCUUUUUGCACUGUGCGGAAAAAAAGGUUCUGUCGCGGCGAUAUUUGGUUGCACAGUGCAAAAAAAAGAGAAAUUCACGGUUCGAGAUGGGGUUUUUUAUGCACUGUGCGGAAAAAAACCUGCUUUUGUCGCAGCGACAUCUUGCCGCACAGUGCAAAAAACCAAAAAAAGUGAAAUGCACGGUGCAAAAUGGAGGUUUUUGUGCACGAUUCGGGCACGACAAAUGUCCAUCUACUUUGUGAAAAUAUAAUACGAAUAUAGAACUCAUAUCGACUUCAACGGCUGCCGGAUCGCCAACGUUCAUGCCGUUUAUACCGGGACAACCAGACGGCUGGAGAUUUUCAAGCAAGGUGGGUCUUGAAUUUACUUUACUUUUUUUGUGUACUUUUACAUGAAAAGUUUUAUCAGUCUGCCGGGAAAAUAAUAAACACAAUUUCGCAAAACCUCAAAUUUUUGGCGCUACGACUUUUCGGGUCAGCGACACUAUGGAUCGCGUCGGUUCGUCGUUCGAUGCAUGACAGAGGCUAGCGAAAGGCUUAGAUAGUCGAAAUAAUAAGAUUGAUUGAGUUCUAGGGAAACUUGACACCUAUUUUGAUGUGUGGUUUUCCAUGUGCUCACAUCAAUAAUGUCUAAUUAAACAUUGCGAAUCUUCGCUUUUAGCCGCAAAUUUUGGCUUUUAUAUGGGACAAUGACUCCGGGUAAAGAAAACUAACGUAAGUAAUCGCUAAAAUUAGGAAAGGUGGAUAUAUUGCAAGUCUUCGCCAAGUCUCCGCCGAGUCUUCGCCGAGCGUCCGCGGAACAUCCAACGGCUUUGUCAGGCCUCGUAGGCAUUUUCUACAGUGGGGGACCUGAUCCAGUGGCAAAAAACGUAACAUGCAUCCAGGAAGUAUCAAAAAAUGUAGCAAAAUGCCUCCUUCUCCAAGUGAAAAAGCUCCGAUUUCAAAAGCGCGCGCUCUUUUUGGUGAGGGCGCGCCCUUCAAAACGUAGUUUUUUGUAGUUGGAGAGGGAAGCAUUUUACCAUAUUUUUGAUGCUUCCCGGAUGCAAAAUGGUCCGUUUUUUGCCACUGGAUCGGGUCCUUCACUGUACAACAUUUUUUUGGCAUUCGCCUGCCUUACGCCUCGUAUCAAUCGAUUUUGUGUCGACACGAACCGUCGGGACGCGAAAAUUUCCCCUUCUAACCUUGCUUCCCUAAUUACCCACUUUAGUCGGAGUUGGAGAAGAGGUCUCCGCAACGGUCUACAACCGCGAGAAUGUGGAAUACACAGUCAACAAGACGGCGCUGAGCUUGAACACCGGCUACGACGAUUUGUUGCCUAUGAACUGCCAUGGAAUCUUCAAACUGAACAAGCAAUCGCAGAUUGUGAUCCCAGUGAUUGUGCAGUUCAGCGAGUCGACUUGUGUUGUGGAGGUGGAGUUUGUAAGUGUUCAAAACGUCAAGAAACAGCACUUACAGGGGAAGUGCUCAAAUUUCGACACUCAUACAAUGAAGGACCCGAUCCAGUGGCAAAAACCGUACCAUUUUGCAUCCGGGAAGCAUCAAAAAUGUGGCAAAGUGCUUCCUUCUGCAACUAAAAACGCUCCGUUUUGAAGGGUCUCUCACAAAAAACCGCGCGCUUUUGAAAUCGGAGUUUUUCACUUGUAGAGGGAAGCAUUUUGCCACAUUUUUGAUACUUCCCAGAUGCAAAAUGGUACGUUUUUUGCCACUGGAUCAGGUCGCCCGCUAUAUUUUGAUGAGACUUGUCGCAAAUUUAAAUUAAUUUUUUGUGAAACAUUUGCGAGAUUUUUAGGCAUCUAGCUCGCGCUCUGAGCGAGUUUUUUAGACUGAAAAUUGGGAAGAAUUUGAAAAUUCUUUUUGCGAAAUUUUGGAAUAAAAAGUUUCGUACAUCUUGCUGACGUAGAGGGCAAUGGUUUCUCAAAAAAAAUAACUUUUUCCGCAUAAAGUUGGCCAAGGUAUGGCCAAAAAUUUUCAUCUCUGGCAGUUGGCAAAUAUACCGCACUUUUUUGUGAAUUUUGGCACUCGAAGUUGCAUAGCUAUUUCUACCGUAGAAGAUAAUGCUUCCACAAAAAAUCACCUUUUAUCAUGCGAAACUGGCAAUGAUACGGCCAAAAAGUGUUUUCGCUCUCAUUUGGUCUGCCUAACAGUGCCUUUCCAGAUCAACGGGAUCCCUCAGAGCCCGGACAAGCGGAAACUCGACGUCCCCGACAGAGCCGAAUCCCGGCCUCGCUACGACAAAGCCGAUGAGGCGGCCGACCGUCGGAUUCAAGCGCUGGAUUCGCAGCACUUCUCCAGAUACGACGAUGAGACAUUGUUCAUCACUGGCGACCGCACCGACCCCAACAGCUACUGGAAGUUGUUUGCCACCAUGGCGGCUUCGAUCGUCUUCAUUCUGGUGGGAAUUGGAUACUUUUUGGUGACCAAAUUCAAGCCGGCAGUGCUGGGGAGAAUAAAGGUGAGCGAUGACAAUCAAUUUGCGGAUGGGAAGGAGGCAGCUGUUUUGUGACGAAAAGGAAAUUUUUGUCGCAAAAACCAUGCGUAUCUUAUAAAAAUAAAAAGAGAAAAUUCAAUUGAUGAGAGUGGGAUUCGAACCCACGCCUCCGGAGAGACUGGUGCCUUAAACCAGCGCCUUAGACCGCUCGGCCAUCUCACCACAACGAGCGCGGUUAUGGUUUACUUUCUCGGUUUGCGGAGUUUACAGGGGAAGUACUCCAAGUGCGACGCUCAGAUUUUGAUGAAACUUGGCACAAAUUUAGAAUAAUUUUUUCUAAGAUAUAUGCGAGAAUCCUAGCUCGCGCUUUGCAGAAACAACUGAGAUUUUUAGAUCGAAAGCCGGCGAAAAUUUAGGACUUGGCACUAAGCAUGGCUGCAAACCGGGCCAGCCCGGCCCGGCCCGGCCCGGGCCUGCGGGCCGGGCCUGAAUCUCCAAGCCCGGCCCGGGCCCGGGCUUGGAAAAUUUGGAAAGCCCGGCCCGGUUCGGCCCGGAAAAUUUUUGUACUAGGUUGGAAAGAAAGAAAGCAGGAAAUGAAGGGAAAAUUAUGGCACAUUUUCGCAAAAUGUAAAGAAUAAUUUAGAAAAACCUAUACAUAGUGCAAUUGCCGCUUGACUAUUUUUAUAAAUUACUAACUAGGGAAGUGUACAAACGAACCCUCACCAAAUGGCAAGUGUUAUACACCAUUGGAAAGCCCUUGAAAAAUGGUGAAAGGUACCAUUUUCAUUUUUUGCAGAAUGCCUCAGGGCAAAAAAUUAUAAACGGUUGAUUUGUCCCUUAAGUAGUUACAAUAUCUUCUAUUAGGCAAAAUAAAUGUUAUUUCAAAACGCUAAAUGGUACGUAUUACCAUUAGGUUGGCCUAAGAAUCAUUAUGAAGCUUGGCGCUUGCGAGUAAAACCAUUUUACAUAUGACAUUUACUGGUUUUAAACACCCAUAAGGUGAAAAAACACUUUUCACUUUUUUUUAAUCUUGAAAAACAUGUAAGUUUGAUGGUUUUUACCGUAAUCGAUCGUCUCCCAGAAAAAUUAAAACCUUUGUAAAAGUUUAACGCAAAUGUUUACCUAACUGUAAGAACGCAAAAAUGAUUUUGCCCAAGCUGGGAACCGAACCCGGCUUGCUUUGGCUUAUCAGCCUGCUCCGCAACCACGGCACUAUUGAAGCAACCCUCUCAGAGGAUUUUUUCCUGCCCAAGAGAAAGAAAGAUUUUUGUUGCAGAAUGACCUAAAAAUAAUAUAAUUUACAGUAUGUUGUCGCGGAAAGUCAUUCUGCAAAAAAUGAAAAUGGUGUCUUCUACCAUUUUUCAAGGGCUGUUCAAUGACGUAUGUCACUUAUCAUUUGGUGAGGGUUCGUUUGUACACUUCCCUAGUAAGUCGCCAUAAAUUGUCUUACCAUAUGGUUACUAAAAAUCAUAAAAUUUUGUGUACAGUCACCCAAAUUUUAGCAAAAAUAUUUUAUCACAGAUCUUUUAUUGGAUUUGAAAAAACCUGCAAGCGUAUUGCGUAUUUUUGAAAAUUUUUCCUUUUCUCUUUUUGCCAGCGUAUUAACUAUGAGGUCGCACGUUAGAAUUUCCAAAAAUUUUUUCAAAUUGACUUGAAAAUUAUUUUUUUUAUUUGGGCGAGUGGUAAAUAAGGUCACUUUACUUUCGCUAUCAGCAUUGUGUUCGAAAAAAUGAAAAAUUCUGUCGAAAAAGCUUAUUUUUCCCUUUUUUCAGGGCAAAAACUCAGAUUUCAAAAAAACCGGGCCGGCCCGGGCCGGGCCGGGCCUGAAAAUCGAGGCCCGGGGUCGGGCCGAGAAAUUAGUCGGCCCGGCCCGGGCCGGGAAAUUUUGGAAAGCCCGGCCCGGAGCCAUGCCUACUUGGCACGAAAAGUUUCAUGCCUAUUUCUACCGUAAUGGAUAAUGUUUCUACAAAAAAUCAAAUUUUUCCACACGAAACUGCCAAAGUUAUGGCCAAAAAGCGCUUUUCUCUCUGACCGCGCUCCACGUUUAGCGUGCUCUUUCGACGGCGCCCGCAAAGCGCGAGCUAAAACUUUCAGGAAUUGAUAUUUAGUCCAUACCCGACGUGUGUGCAAAAUUUAAAGAAAAUCUGAGCGUCGCACUUGGAGUACUUCCCCUGUUAGUAAAAUAAAUCACAGCCUAUAAAUUAGUAUGUAUAGUCUGUCGGGAAAAUAAUGCGGAUUUGUCGCAACACAAUGGUUUGCUAUAUUCCCAGCCGCGGCUAGCCGUACGGUGACGGACCUGAUCCCGUGGCAAAAAACGUACCAUUUCGCUUCGGGGAAGUAUCAAAAAUGUGGCAAAAUGCUUCCCUCUCCAAGUGAAAAAAAAACUUCCUUUUGAAGGGUCCCUCACAAAGUGAGCGAGCGCGAUUUUGAAAUCGGAGUUUUUUCACUUGAAGGGGGAUGCAUUUUGCCACAUUUUUGAUACUUCCCGGAUGCAAAACGGUACGCUUUUUGCCACUGGAUCAGGUCCCCUGUAGCAAAGAAAUGAACCUGUUUGUUUUUCUGUGUUUUGAAACCUUGCUAAACCUGACGUUUGCAGCCCAGCACAAUGUCGUUUUCCAACCCAAACAUCGAGCUGAACAACAACCCAACGCCGGAUUCGGACUCUCACGCUGCGUCGAACCAAGUCAUCUUCUCAUCGGGCGGGGUAAUCUUCAAAAAUGUGAAUGCGACGCAAGAGGACCAACAUGGAUUCUCCAACAGAGUUUAUGAACAGUCUUUGUAA